UAUGUAUGGGUUAUAGUUAUGUAGUAUAGAAUAAAUACUUGUAGGUCAAGAAAUUGUACGGCACGUGUAUAAAGUUUCGAGCUACUCAAUCAAAUACAAAAAAAUAUCCAGGUACCGAUCCAAAAAAAUGGAAUAGGGGUGGGAGUAUUCCCUAUUCAUUUUUUUGGUCAGGUGGGCCAUAUAAAGGCCCGCGGGAUCCCAAUGCGUUCAUUCACGAGAACGUUGAGCCCAAACGAACUACAAUAUGAUUCAAACCAAGAACUAUACUGGCUUUUACAAUAACGAGAUCCCAAAAUUCGUUCCAAUCGCUCCCAUGGUGGACCAAGAAAUGGAUUGCACAGUGCGAAAAUAUAAUUACAAAAAUAAUUCCGGACAAGCAGCAUCUAUUGCGAGGCGCAAUGCAAGAGAGAGGAAUCGCGUAAAACAAGUUAAUGAUGGUUUUAACGCUUUAAGAAAAAGAUUACCCGCUGCCGUUGUGAAUGCAUUGUCUGGAGGCGCUCGUCGGGGAUCCGGCAAGAAAUUGAGCAAAGUCGAUACAUUACGAAUGGUGGUUGAGUACAUUAGAUAUUUGGAGAAUUUAAUCGACGAAAGUGAUGCUUCAUUGGGUGUUACCAAAGAACCUAUGGAUACAUCUGGAAUUGAUGAGGGAAUUUUUGGAAGAACAUCACCGUACUCUGACUCUGUGCCAUCGCCUGCUAACUCUGAAUGUUCAUCGGGGGUGUCUUCAAGCUAUUCAAAUGAUCAUUACCAAAUUAACACUCACAACAAUUACUAUAGUGAAGUAAACGCAGUAAAUGAUAGUGAAUUAUUAGAUGCGAUCACUUGGUGGCAGCAAAAGUAAAGUUUCGUAUGUUUUUGUGUUUUUCUAGUCACUAGCAAAUUGUUAUUUUUCUUUUUUGGUAUUUCAUUGAAUUCGAAAUACUUUGUAAAUAUGUAAAUAUAAUGGUAUACAAAUAUGGCUGUGCUAUUAAUAUAUUUUUGUAGUAUACAUAAGUAUAAUAAUAUAAAU